GGGAGAGGGUCUACCCUCGAGUGCUCUUUCUUUUGGCCGGCGGAGGGUCUCGUGUUCUUGAGCUGGCUCUUCUGUCCUAGGUCCGACUGUAAACAUCAACUUUCUGCGGUCCGCGCGGAUUUCUUGGUCCUGCGCUGGGACCCCCUGGCGCGCUCCGCCCGCCUGGGAGGGGAGUUCAGCGCAGAUGCCAGCAAUCCGCGCGGAGCGUAAAGAGUCUGUGUUUGUGCCGUUUUCUGUUCCUCUAGCUCAUCUACCAAGAGGGCCGACGCCGUCCGGAUAUCGGGGCCCCCGCGGGGGGACGCCAACUGUAUACGGUAGGUUCGCGUCGUGUCCGGCGUCGAGCUCUCGCUAUCGUUGCUGAGUUCGAGCAGUUUGUCUCUAGCGUCGAUGGUCUGUGAUCUUCGGGUCAUGGGUCGGAGGCUAUCAGGCCUGCGUGGACUCCUCGCGCGUCUGUCGGAAUAAUUCAUCUCGGUGUGUAGGCUCUCUACUAGAACGUAGUUGGGGAGCUGUUGGCGCGCUGGUCACGUAUGGAUAUUGUCUUUUAUUUGAUCGCUUCGCUCAUUCCGCCGCGCACGAGGGCUCUGUCCCAGCGCGCGGCGGCGGCGACUCGCAACCCUGUCUUUGGCGCGGCGCUUGUUCGCGCGCCUGUUGCGGCUGGCUUGUCACGGGCACGCCCCCUCUCCCCGAGCACCCUCUUGCCUGCGUUUUCCCUUCCCUGCGUCCUCUUCCUUCCCGUUCUCUCGCCUUUCUCGCCGCUUCCCUCCGCCACCCUCGUGUGGCUCCCGUGGUCGGAUCUGCCGUUUCGGGCGACGCGAGCAUUGUCUUCCCUGCGCGCUUCUGGGCGCUGUGCUUGCGACGGCCAGGGUGUCGUCGCCGUGGACGAGUAGAUGCAAGGCUUGGACGACGCCAACCGUGUACCAUGCCAGCCUGAUGCACGCCGACGCGGCGACGCGCGUGCUGGCACGCCCCUGACGCGUGCACCGAGUCGGCCUGGUACACGGCCGGCGCCGUCCAGAAGGCGUGCCAAUGUUCGCACACGUAAUUCCAAGAAAGGCAG